AUGUUUGGUGCGUCUUCCAUCGGCCUAGAUGCUCUUAGCUGGACAAACAAAGUUGUGAAUCUACAAACAGUUGAUCCAGUCAUUGAAGGAAUCGUCACUGUCCUGGGAAUAUCCCUGACUGCAAAACAGAAUAAUGACACUCAACUCGCGGUACGAGGGCUCCAAGUUUAUAACCAUGCGAUUCGCAAACUUAAAAUAGCUAUAUCGUCGCCGCGCUAUACAGAAACAGGCGGCCUGCUUGCUGUAGCGGACUGUGUGCCUUUUAUGAAACCUACUUUGGUGGUGGAGGUGUCGAUAAACUCACAAACUCGCAGCUCGUCGCUAGCUACACAACACACGUCGACGGGCAAUUUCCGCUUUAUCCAGACACUAUGGACAAUAUUUAAACGCGCCAGAUCACCUCUCGAGGACCGCAAGUGGCUGAUUUCCCGUGGAAAUUUGCUACAAAAUCGCCGGUAG